AACCCCAGAGCUGGUCCCUGCUCCGUUGCAGGUCUGCCUGUCGGCAGUGGGGCUGGUGGGGGACCUGUGCCGGGCCCUGCAGUCCAACAUCCUCCCCUUCUGCGACGAGGUGAUGCAGCUGCUCCUGGAGAACCUGGGGAACGAGAACGUGCACAGGUCGGUGAAGCCGCAGAUCCUCUCGGUGUUCGGGGACAUCGCCCUGGCCAUCGGUGGCGAGUUCAAGAAGUACCUGGACGUGGUGCUCAACACCCUCCAGCAGGCGUCCCAGGCCCAGGUGGACAAGGUGAGCUGUGCCCAGGCCCAGGGGACACUCUGGGGUCUCACCUCGAUGCCCAAAGAGGCUGCACAGAGUUAAAGGAGUAAAGCAGGG